UUAAAACCACAACAAGUCACAACAAAAAAGGUGAUCAGGUAAGUUUCAAUUAAUUGGUUGAUACCGUUUCUGCCCUCUAGUCUUUCUUUCAGUCUGAUUUUUGUGUCCCCUGUUUUCUCAUGUGGUUUUGUUUUUGUUUUGCUUUACCAUAGUAAAUGUAUUACUGAAGGCUGUUGCAUAUUUUAAUUCAGCCUCUCUUUAUAUAUCUCUGCUUAUUUAUUGAAUUAACUGUAUGUAUCUUGCUUAAUCUCUUCUUCUCUUUAGAUCUCAAGAUGAUUCGCACACGAGUCCAUCCUGAGCCUCCUGAUGAGGGUAGCAGCCCAGAACCAAGAUGGACACCUGUGGUUGCGAGAACUGAAUCAGACAUUCGUCUUCUGAGGACCUUCAAAAACCAGUUUCUGGGCGUAAUGAAGCAGUCUCAGAGGGAUGCAGAGCGGGCAUGUAGAGAGGCCUCUGUGUGGAUGGCACAGCAGGCAGGGAGACAAGAUACCUUGGAGUAUAAUGUUCGAACAUUUGAGGGAAGUCUGUCCCCAUCCUCCUCUGGUUCUGUUCUUGAGCCAGUGUGGGAGCUAAUCCCAACACUAAAACCUGCGCCUAGACCCGCUCCACCUAAACAGUCCAAGCGGACCUGCGCUGUGGAAGACAACUUGCAGUGUGCUGCUGGUGCCGACAUGAUAUCUAGUUGGCAGGCAGGAGUUCAGCUCCAGCCACAGAUUGCGCAGCUUUUACCUGGACAUUCAGACCAUUACUCAAGGCCGAGUCCAGUGAUCCACCCGUUCUCUGUCAUGCCAUCUCCUCUCGGGGCAUCCCGUGCUCCCUUUCCUCCGCUGUCCUCAAGUCAGCCUCAGCCGGCCUCUCACUUGGUUGUUGAAUUGCACACCAGUCCUGCUCCAACUGCCUCUGCUCCUGGUGUGCAUCCAUUCCAGGCGACUGCCCAAAGAGAGAAUCGGCAUCAACCACCAAUUUUACAAGCACCUGCCCCGUCAACUACAGCCGUCGCUAAGGCAAAACCAAAGCUUAAAACAUCAGAAAUCUCUCGUGAUCCCCUAGGCCCAGAUCCUCUUGCAGAAUAUGAGAGAAGGGUAAGAGAGAUGGAGGAAAGAGGCCAUAUUAUGGACUUAAUUCCAGUGAUGAGAAAAAGAGAGCUGGCCACUUUGCAGAUUUAUCUGUUGGACAUCCGAGGCCUUCCAGCUGAGGUUGAACAGAGGAGGAAGAUCCAUGAUAGUGAGACCAUGAAAAUGGGGGAACUGGAGAGGGAAAAGGAUGCAAACACGUUGGCUGAGAUCAAACACGAGCUUGAGAGCUAUAAAAGAAUCCUGGCACGGGUGAAGGAGAGGGUCACGGCCGACGCUGAUGCUCACCUUUUACAACAAGACUCAGAGCACACAUCACAGAGUUGUCCCUCACCUGCCUCCCUUCAGAAUCCGAAUGAAUCAGAAACAAGCCGAUCCAACCCCGCUAAAUGUACAAUGAGAGGAAACAAGAAAAGGGAGAAUAUCAAAAAUGGUGCUGUUGCUCGCCCUCUGCCCAAUGGUUGGAAGCACGCAUCAAAACCCUCUCUUUCCUCCAAGAAAAGCGAUCCUAGGGUGGACUGUUCUGUCUCCAAACCAUCAGCUCCUAAUAGCACGUUGAAGAACACUGGCCUGUCCCGCCGGUUGUCACCACGAAGCAUAAAGAAGAAGCUGCCCCCCUCCAAAAAUACUCUAGCAAAGGAUUCCCGGUUGUCCCAUCGAGGUCAUUCAAGACCCGGAUCAGUUUCAUCCUCUCAUACAAUCACCUGCACUGAUUGCUCCUCUUUCCAAGACAGGUGUACUUUCCCCCACGAGUUAAUAUCCAUUCCAGACCUAUCACUCAGAGACCCAUUGCAUGAACCACCCACCACCUGUGUCUGUGCAACCACUCUUCGAGCCGUGGCCGGGAGGAAUGCAACACACACACCACCUACUAGAGUGAGUUCAAGUUGA